AUGCUCAUUUGGAGCAUCUGGUCCUGGGGCUCCUGGGGCUCCUGGUCGUCCAUCGUUUCCUGGAGCUCCAUCUUGUCCUGGGUUUCCAACGGAUCCAGCUGGUCCGAUUCCGCAAGAGCAGCAUUGGUAGGUUUGACGCUUUUCACGGCUCUCGGCCUUACGGAAUUGAUCGAGUUUGGUGUAUUCUCCACGGAAUUGAACGUUCUGCAUGUACAUACAGAGCAUUGGAACUGCCACAAUUGCUGUCAAUGUGGCGACAGUGGAGACGGCGAUUCCGAAGAACGCGAACUUCUUCACGGUCUCGACCUCCACCAACUUUUGCUUAUCGUCUUGGCUCAUACUGAAAGCAAACACUAG